CAGGAGGGAAUAAGGAACACAUGAUUGUGCCUGUCUGAAUGGAAUGCUGCAGAUGAUAACGCCUGGAUGAUACUACGACUAUACGCUGGUUAUCUAAAGGAAACACAUCUUGUGAAAAGACUUUGUAUGGUUCAUGAGAGAAUGGCAAAUUUUAAGGGCCAUGCUCUUCCAGGCAGUUUCUUCAUACUCUUUGGCUUCUGGUGGUCUGUGAAAUAUUCGCUGAAAUACCACAGCAGGAAACUAAACAAAAAUGGCCAUGCACACCGUUGCUUUGAGCACCUGGAGAUUGUUGAAGGGACAGUCAAAGUUGUCUUUGCAAUCAUAGGGAUCCUGGCUGAGCAAUUUGUUCCAGAUGGUCCCCACUUGUAUCUCUACAGUGGAGAGCAGCAUUCUUGGGUGAAGCUGAUGAACUGGCAACAUUCGACCAUGUACCUGUUCUUUGGUAUCUGUGGAGCAGUUGAGAUACUCACCUAUUCCCCAGCCAUAAUCCCUGUAGGACUGGAUCGCCUCACACUUGCUGUUGCACUCUUCAUGGAAGGUUUCCUCUUCUACUUCCAUGUUAGCAACCGACCAAUGCUGGAUCAACACAUCCAUUCCCUGUUGCUGACUGCCAUUUUUGGUGGAGCUGCCAGCACCCUAAUGGAAGUUUUCCUGCGAGAUAACAUCAUCUUGGAAUUCUUCCGUGCCAGCCUUUCCCUCCUGCAAGGAACCUGGUUUUGGCAGAUAGGUUUUGUGCUUUACUCACCUUGGGGAGGACCAGCUUGGGAUGAAAAUGACCACAGCAACAUGAUGUUCAUCACUAUGUGCUUCUGCUGGCAUUAUGCCACAAGUAUGCUCAUUAUGGUUGUGAACUAUUCUCUGGUUCAUUGCUGCACCAAGAGGUGGAAGAGAAACAAUGGACUAAUAGAAAUUGGGCUUGGAAUUCGGAAGCAGAAGCGAGAGAAAAGCUCUCACAUUGCCCUGUUAAAUGGAUCAGAUGAGGAAUGAGCCAUAGUGGCUGCCCUGAUUGGUUUCAUUCCUUUCCAGAAGACUUGAGAAUCAUACCUUCAAAUUAACUCUGCUUUGGAGGAUCAGCAAAGGCACUUCCCAUGGGACGUCUGCUGUGCAGUACAAAGACAUAUGAGAUGCAAGAAGGCUGCACUUCCUCAAAUUCCUUUAAAUCCUUUCAACUUGAAAUGUAUUGAUGCUCUUGUCUCCCAGAUGGUGAGAAGUUACAGGGAUAUAACUCUGACAGGUUUGGUUUCUUUUAGAAGGAGGUCACUCGAGACUCAUUGGUGUUUUGUUAUAUUUGAAUGUAUUUACAGAUAUACAAGUUGAGCACAGGUGGAGGUAGACAGCUUAAACACUCCAAUGGCAAAAGCACUCCUGCUGCCCUAAACCUCUAACGAGAGGUGGCUCUAGAGUACAAGCAAAAUAUUUUGUGAAUUCCAAAAUCCAAGACAGCUGAUAUUGUAUAAUGCAGGGGUGAGGAAUCUGUGGCCCUCCAGAUGUUGUUGAACUCCAGCACCCAGGAAUUGUAUUACAGCAACAUCUCAAGGGUCGCAUGUUCCACACUUCUGGUAUAGUGGGUAGAGUGCUGGACUUGGACCAGGAAGAGCUAGAUUCAUAUCCCUGUUGACAAUUUCUCCAUUUAACCUACCUCACAGGGUUGUUGUGAGUGUAAAAUGGAUAGCCCUGUUUAUGCCAUCCUGAUCUGUUUGAUGGAAGGACAGGAUACAAAUGUGAUAAAUAAUGAAUAGAUUCCACUUUGAAUAUUAGGAUUAAUAUCCAUGUUUUAUCUCUGUGGAAGUACUGCAGAUUUAAGGUGCCUUCUGAAGUGUACUUAUGCCUGAUUUGAGAUUAGUGUAUCUGGGUGCCCUCUGUCUGCUUCAAUUAGAGCAACAGUAUUCAAAGUUUCCCAGCUUCUCUUGCCACAUCAAUUGUCUGCCAAGGAACCUUAGAAGAGUUGCCACAUUCUACUCUGGAUGCAGUAUAGCAGCCUUUGCCAACCUGGUGCCCUCCAGAUGUUUCAGAUUACAACUCCCAUCACCCUGACAAUUGGCCAUGUUGGCUGCAGCCAACAGGAGUUAGGAGUCCAAAACAGCUGGAGGGCAUUAGGUUGGGGAUGACUUUAGUAGAGGUUCAGGGGAACAGUCUAGAGUACAUGAUUAAUAUGGAAUUCCCUCCAGGACACUUGGCCCUCAUGACCAUUCCACAUAAACUAAGAGUGCACCCUGGACCAUAUUCAGUACUCUCCUGUGGCUAAACACAGGGAGACAAUAGUGGUGAGCAAGAACAAGCUGUUUUUCAAUAAACUUUGUCUACUGUUCAUUAUUUUCUCUUAUUAAGGGACCCCAGGAAUUCCUGAGACACAUUUUGAAAUCACUACUGUGGGGAAUAAGAUUCAGAAAGACGGAUGAAGCUAUACACGCUGUAUACUGCAAUGUUGUAUAGCUUUUCUGUUUUGUUUUGUUUUUUCAUUGUUCUUAUCUAUUAUGCAGUAAAAUAUCUUUUUUUAAAAAAACAAGAAAGACACAUGAAGAUGGAAAGUUCAUUGCUAGAAUAGAUUAAAGUGGUUUCCCUCCCCUAGUGCCCUCUAGAUGUUUUAUACAUGGCAAGUGAUCAUGGAUGAUGCGAGUUGUAGUCAAAAACAUCAGGAGGACACCAGGCUGAAGAAGGGCUGCACUAAACAUUUCACAUUACUGUCUGACUAUUGCAGAUUACAGAAAUUUGGCACUAAACAUGUCAAUCCACAAGAGUGUCUUGUAUUUAAAAAGCAUACUAUGCAAAUGUUUUAAACAGCAGUGUAAAAUAAAAGUUCCCCUGAAUGUAAUGUCUGUUUGAUAACAAAGGUGCGAGUUUGCUAUGUGUUUCAAUAUUAUCAGCCAAAAAUUUAGCUGUUUCUUCUGUGAUGUAAGGCCUGCUAUCUUCUAAAAGAAAAUUGAAAUAAAAAAACCUUCCUGAGUGACGUCCAAGCAGUGUUCAAAUAAGC